CCUCUGCUCUUUCUUUCUCUGCUGCCUACAACAGUACAGUACACUCUCGUAGUGGCAGCAGCCAGCACAAGCGUGUGCAGUGCCUCCUCGUAGCUUCGGCUCUCAAUAAAACUGGCCAUUUAUCAUCAAUCAUGGCCGCCGGAGUACAGAUCUAACUCUCCGUCUUCUCCUCCCUGUCGACUUUUAAAAGGAGUAGGGGGGGAUUUCUGUUUGAAGAAGGCGAAAGAUUAUUAUUGGCCCCACACGGAUUUGGAUUUCCUCCUGGAAUUACAGUACAUCUCGCAAGGGAAAUACCAUUCAUGUCAAAUCUCCAACAUGCAGCCGCCGCCGAGGAAGGUCAAAGUGACGCAGGAACUAAAAAACACUCACACGGAGCAGAUGACAAGGCUGCACUUUAAACAUCAAACUGAAUGUGACCUGCUGGAAGACAUGAGGAGCUACAGUUUGAAGAAAGGACAGCUGGAGAGGGACUAUGCACAGGCUCUGCAGAAGUUGGCAAGUCAGUACCUAAAGAGAGACUGGCCUGGAAUCAGCCCCGAUGACCAGAGAACAGAUUAUAGGAAUGUGUAUGCUGUUUGGAGAGCCUAUUUAGAGGGAACUGUUCAGGUGAGCCAGUCGAGACUGAAUGUAUGUGACAACUACAAGAGUCAAAUAUCAGAACCUGCCAAGACUGUUAGACUCUAUAAGGAACAGCAGCUCAAGAAGACCAUUGAUCAGUUGAGUGGCAUUCAAGCAGAGCUGCAGGAGUCGGUGAAGGAGUUGGCGAAAGCCAAGAAGAAAUACUAUGACUGCGAGCAGGUUGCACACACUGUACGAGAGAAGGCCGACAUAGAGGCCAAGUCCAAACUUGGACUUUUUCAAUCAAGAAUUAGUUUACAGAAGGCAAGUGUAAAGUUGAAAGCAAAGAGAAGUGAUUGUAACUCCAAAGCGACACAAGCCAGGAAUGACUACCUGCUAACGCUAGCUGCUGCAAACGCCCAUCAUGACCGCUACUAUCACACAGACCUGCUGCACUGCAUACAGGACUUGGAUGGGAGAAUCUAUGAGCAUGUGAAGGACUACCUGGUGGCUUUGUGCCGCACUGAGCUGGAGGCCUCGCAGGCCACUCACAGCACCUUCCAGUUCCUCUUAGAAAAAUCUUCCAGGAUAAUACAGGAGUUCAACCAGCAGUUGUUCAUGCAAGAGAACCCUGUAUUUCACAAGGCACACGACUUCCAGUUCCAGGCCAGCGAAUAUGAUAUGACUCUGAGCUCGGUGCAGCAGCUGGUGGACAUUGAGCCGUCGCCCGUCAGUGCCAUGAGAAUGACCCUGGCACAGAGUCGUCAGCUGGAGUCUGAGUCCGGAACGACCGAGGAGCACAGUCUGAACAAAGAGGCCAGAAAAUGGGCAACCAGAGUGGCCAGAGAGCACAAGAAUAUUAUUCACUGCAAGCGAUCUCUGGAAGAGUGUGAAAGUCAUGGCCUGCCUCCCACUGAGCAGGGCAGACUAGAUCUGGAGCUAAAGAUCGAAGACACCAAAGAGAUAAUGCGGAAAGCUGAGACAAUAAAGUUGAAAGCUGAGGCUCGAUUGGACCUUUUGCGACAAGUUGGAGUGGCUGUAGAUACCUGGCUGAAGAGUGCAAUGAACCAGGUGAUGGAAGAGCUGGAAAAUGAACGCUGGGCCACCUACACUACCCACGAUCCCUCACUGUCGGGUACAGUGGACUUGGAGCGUGAAGAGGGAGAGGAGUGUGAGGAGAACAUGGAGGUCUUUGACGACAGCAGUUCCAGUCCCUCGGGAACCCUGCGCAACUACCCGCUAACCUGCAAAGUGCUCUACUCCUACAAGGCAUCUCAGCCAGAUGAGUUAACCAUUGACGAACAGGAGAUGUUGGAGGUCAUUGAGGAUGGAGACAUGGAGGACUGGGUCAAGGCACGCAACAAGACGGGUCAAGUGGGCUAUGUGCCAGAAAAAUACCUCCAGUUCCCUACUUCCAACAGCCUGCUGAGCAUGCUCCAGUCCCUGGCCACGCUGGACGCUCGAUCACACACCUCCUCUAAUUCAACCGAACCGGAGCUGCACUCUGGCUGCAUCAACGGAGACACAAACAGGCUGACAAGGACAGCAUUAAUCAGAGAGGCAGGCAAGAGAACCAUGGUACUUCUGGAGGAGCUGCAGAUUCACCUAUCAGCUGCGUACGUCCGUGCGCUUUACGAUUACGAAGGCCAGGCGGAUGAGGAGCUCUCCUUUUCCGAGGGCGCCGUUAUCCGCCUGCUGAACCGCGAUACUCAGACGGACGACGGCUUCUGGGAGGGCGAGCUAAACGGCAGGGUGGGGGUGUUCCCCUCCGUGCUGGUGGAGGAUCUGACUGAGAACGGGGAGACGAGCGGCGGAGCCCUGAAUGACCCACAGAUUUCUCCAUCUUCAAAGUUGCCAUCUUCCCUGCCGCCUUUGCCUCUGUAUGAACAGCCUCCCAUCAGCCCUUUCACCAGCCCGGAGACCUCCACCCCCCCUCCUCUGCCGCGAUCCCCCUCCACUGCACUCAACGGGGAGCACAAGCUUCCUCUGCCGGCCUCCUCACACAAGGGACAGUUGUCUUCUCACAAUCAAAGCUCUGGCAGGAGUCCAGUGUCUCCAGGAUUUCCUCAGACUCAGCCUCUACGAUUCACAGCUGAAGGAGGCGGACCGGGUAAACUACGGCCGGUGCGAGCCGCUCCGCCUCCACCCAAACAGCAACCUAGGCGACCGCAUGAGAAAAGCGACAAGACGGAGGAAGUGGAGAUCACGCUGGUGUGACGGACGAGCCUGGCAGGUUGAUGACGUUGCACAAAAGACGGAAGCAGACCUUGAUGCAGUGAGCGUGAACUCGCUCUGGACUGAUGCGAGCGCAAAUGAAGCGAUGAGAAGUUAAUUCGAUCGAACCACACUGACACUGCCGGACGCUCUGCAUCUUCUCUCAUCCCCGAGCCGAGGAAGAGAAGGAGCAGGGAGCCGGGGUAAUGCUUGGCGUGUCCAAUUUAAUCAGCUCCAUUUUAGCCCCCUAAUGAAGUCCAGCAUUGCGUUCUUUUGGCCCCCCCCACCCCCGUCCUUCCAGUCUGGCCUUAAAACGUCGCCUCACACAGCAAGUUAGAGCGGGCUGAAGAGAGGAAGGAGAGAUGGGGAACACUUAUUGAUGGAGUCUUUUGAAGCUCGCAAGAUAUGUAAGGCAGUUCUUCUCCUCUGCACUUUCUAAACCCCUUCAGGACUCUAAAUCCUGGAGCAUCAGUAACAUCUCAGAGCCCAAAACCUGCAAAAUAUUUAAAAAGUCAAGCAAAACAUACAGCUUGAGAUAUUUAUCACACUAUUAAAAUUUAUUUUCAGGUAUAUUUAAAGCUCACCAAAAAACUACAAAUUGAGGUUAACUCAGUCAUCUGGACGAGCUUUAGGUCACCAAACAGUCUGAGUACUGACGGUUAUAGUUAAAGGUUAACGGACAUUUACCUUGAACAUGAUAUCAUGUUAGUUUUUGGCCUUUAUUAACAAUGAGUUUAAGCGACCUUUUCUUUCCGAGGUGGAACAAUUCUAGUGAUUUUUCUUUUCUUUUUUUCAAACAGGACGUUGGUGCACAAGUUUGAGUUUAUUGGAAUAAGUAAUUGUCUUCUCAUGAAAUGAUUGUGACAACAUACUGAGAAAAUUAAACAAUAAAAAAAGGAAUGUGCCUCAAAAACACAAUUAUUCUGUCUUUAUGUGCAACAGUGCACAUACCAGCUCACGUAUACAUUUAACCCUAGAAAUAUUUGACUAAAUAUCCCGUUAGAGAGUUUAACUGUGUUCUUUUAAUGACCAUCAACAAACUUCUGAUAUAAUUGUGGUUUGAUAUUGAACGACUCCUCUUGGCAGAAAACAUAGAGGGUCUUUAAAUUGGUUGGCUUCCAGGUUCGGAUCCAGCUUUGAAGAUGCCCCGUACGUUUUCAGACGGAUCGAGGUCAGGACUUUCCGAAGGGGAAAUAAUGCUAGCCAACAGUUUGUCCCGUUGGCGAACCAGUUUGUGAUACUUCUGACCGUGUGAAGGCCACACCAACUUGUGUGCAGCCAAGUCUUGCUUUUGAAAUUAAUUUAUUAGUAGUCAUUGUAUGAUAAGCCCACACAUUUUAAUUCAUCCUUAUAGGCUGAAAAUGAACACAAUACAUGUUUUCCCACCUUUUCUCAGGGACCGCGUCAGAUGUUUUGCAAGUUUUGAGGCUCUGUUAUAAAAAAAAAAAAAGAGGAGAUGUGAGGGGGGAUAAAGAAAAAAGUCAACUUUUUGUCGGGGUGUUUCAAAGUGCAGAGCAGGGCUGAGGGACGUGGACAGAAAACCCAGACGGUGGGUUUACUUCCGGCCUCUCUCUCGCGCCAUAUAUAGUCAUUAUCAUUAUACGUAUUUAAUGUGUAUUAGUACAGUACAUUACUGUUGUCAUAGGAAUGUUUAUGCACAUGGUUUCAUAUAGACUAACUGAACUGAAUGGAAUACCCUGUCUGAUAUGUAGUGGAAGUUUUAUCUUCAUCAUGUACUGAAAAGGGUGUUGUAAAUAACAGCAGGAAGGAGAGACGGAAGGAGAGAGAGGAGGAGAAACAAGAGCCGAGGGAGGCUGGAUCCUCUCUUUUCUUGUGCUCACCUCUCCUCCCGUCUCUGCUUCCUGUCUCUCCUCUCAACGUUCGUUCUGUCAUUGGGCAGUCGGUGUGAAUCAGUGGCUAUAAUAUACAUUCAUACAGUUACAAUAUAUUACACACACGAGUUGUUAUAUCUUCUCUCAUUCUGUGCGCUGUGUGGUUUUCCUUUUAAAUGACUGAUCGAGGAAAGUUGCUGGUGCUUUGAAACGCACCGAAUCUGUUGGUAUUCACUAUGUGCUAGCAAAAAAAAAAAAAAAACAUUUGUUUGAAACUUUAAAAACUGUUUAGGGCC